AUGUCCUCCUACGACAAAGACCCCCAGCGCCUCGACUCCGAGUCCGCGACGCAGAAGGACCCGGUCGGCGCAUCGCACGGUACCGUCGACAACCUCAACGACCAGUACUUCCGCAACCCGCCUAACAACCUCGGCUUGGACAACCCUGCUGAGCAGGACCGGGCGAGCGACUUGGUUGGCGCGCAGAACACGGAGCCCAUCGCCGACCCUCCCUCAAAGGAAGAGCUCAAGCGCGUCCAGGAACUCGCCGACCGCUUGAACAAGUAG